AUGCUCAGCGACGAGGAGAUAGUGGGCGCGGCAGAGGCCGUUGUGCACGCGUACCUCACCUCUUUGUUUAAAGUAGCCGAUGUUGUUCAUACAAACGCCUCGUCACAGUCGAGCGAUGGCCUCGGCGCCGCAUUUUUCGUCACAGAACAAGCACCACCGAGGCUCCGCGAAGGCAACAAGGGUACAGCUGAAAAGAAGAUGGGUACGUUGCGGCGAGACGCGCAAACCCUCUACGUGCUCGCUUGUGUUGUGGAGAUGGUGCGGGAGGGACUGACAUGUACAGAGCGUGAUGUGUACUAUCGGGACACGCUGCUUUUCCCAAAUGGACAACGCGAUACUCAUUGCAGCAUUAAGCGUCUCUGCCGCUGGAUGGAUUGCGCUCGCCCUCUCUCUCCUCUCGCCAUGCCGCACAGUGCGGAUGACGCCAGCAUAUGUGUUGCGCGGCCGCGCCGUUUCACACGCGAGGGCAUUCGCAUUGGUGCCAGUGGCAAAAGUAUUCUCAUUGGCCAUUUGGCAUUUGACGUUCCUCAAAGCUCAGGUGGAUGUAGCGAUACGCCACGCGAGGCGCAGGUGGUCGCGGGUGCCACUGGAUCCCCGGCGCUUCUUGUGGAGAUUGACGCCAUGCGCCAACCCGCUGGGGUCCUCGUAAACACAACCAUUGGCCUGCAUGCUUGCCAUUUUCGCAGCACAGCGGGGGGUGGCGGUGUGCCGUCCGCAGUCGUCAUUGUGGAGAAAGAGAGCACUCUACAUGCACUAGUGGGGUCGCUGAACAGUGGUGAGCCGCUGCACCGCUGCGCCCUGUUGUGCAGCAAGGGGUACCCGUGCCGGGCGUCGCGCGCGUUUCUUCACCGUCUCCACCGCGAGCUGCCGGCACUGCCGCUCUUCGUGCUUGUGGACGGAGACCCGCAUGGUCUGCGCAUCGCCCUCACGUUCAUGGGGCUCUUUGGUGACAGCGAAGGCGCCGCAUCGUCGCGCCGCUGCCGCCGCCGCCGCCGCCGCGACGGUUGGGUGGGGCAAUUCCCACCGUUGCUUCCCGCCCGCUGGCUCGGUGUGCGGCCCUCCGCUCUUCCCCACCGGUCGGGCGGGCGGGCGCCGCUGACACUGCCAGACCGGCGGGNAGGUGACGCAGCGGAUUCGUGA